AUGAAUUAGAUCUAAAGUAUCCAAGAUCUUAAACUCAAAUAAGAGGAAUUCUUCAUCCUAUCUAACAAAAACUACAGAAGCUGCCCUAGACAUCCUGAUAACUGGAUUGUUUCGUUAAGCACUAAUCCUAAUUCUAGCCAAUUCAUUCAAUGCGCUGAGUGUUUUUCUGAGAAUCCCAAUUAAUAUUAUUUGAAUUUAGUUGGACUUAUUAAGGAAAAUGAAAAAACUGUUUUUAAGAACUACCCAGUUUAUGGCGAUAAUGAGCUUUACGAGAAACUUAAGCAAAUCUUUGAGGCUGAUUGCUCUGUUGAUGGAUUGUUAUCUAAAAUUUCAUCUUUUUUCUUAAACUUAAGAAAAUAAAUCGACCAAAAAAUAAUACUUAAAGAAGAACAGAUGAUGAGCUAAGCAAAGUCAUUAUGGAGCUUAAAUGAACAGGUAAUUAUUUAAUAUAAUAAAUUAGCCGAAAAGGAAUAGCUUAAGAAUAUCAUCACCAAUUUCAAAGAUGACCUUGACAAGUAAAAUGAGCUUUUUAAAGAAUUAUUCACUCGAAUUUCUACUAACUAGAAAAAAUAUUAAGAAGAAUUGAAUGAAAAGAUUGAUUUCUUCGAAACUUAAAAGUCAAUGAUUAAUUUUGAAACAGCAGAAAGUAUUAAUUAGAAUAUUGUGCAAUUAAUUGAUUCAAUUGAUAUGUUUGUUAUCAAAAACUUUGAAGAUCUCAAAAUUGAUAAUUCAAAAGAAAAGUUAGAAUUGUAUGAAAAAGAUAUUUAAACUAAAGACAAAAAUGAAAUGACAACAAGCUAGUUAAUGGCUAAGCUAAUUAGCAAUAGAUCAAAUUGUUGCUCGCAGGAGUUAACUAAAGAGCUACAAAAAAUAGUGUUCAAGUUAUCAAACAGCAUUGAUAGAGUUGACAUUAAAAACCUUUUAAAUGAAGAUUUGUUGGAAUUGGAAUUUGAUAAGAUGAAUGAUGAAUAAUUUGAUUUAAUUAAGGACUUGUCUAGAUACUUCAUUACAGGUAAAUAAGAAUUAGAUGAAAGAAGUGACAAUAAAGAUAAAUUAAUUAAAUUAAUAUCAAAUAAAUUUAAUUUCUGUUCAGAAUAAUUUCUUAGCAAUUUAUCAGCUCAGUUUGAUAGUUUCCUUCCUAUAAUUAACAAAAUUAACUUCAAAGAUUACUUACAACCUAACAAGACUCCAAUAAAUGCAGAUUUUCUAAAUAAUUUGUAGCUUUUAGAAAUUGCAGAUCUUGUUUAAAGAUUAGAAACUUCAAAUAAUAACUAGAAUUAGAAUGAUAUGGAUCAAAAUCUAUAAAAUUAAUAAAUAAAGAUAAAGCAAUAAAAACUGAUUUCACUUUUAGAAAACAAAACAAAUUAUUGUCAUGAUUAUUUUAUUUAAAAUGCAAAAAACUCUAUUUAGAAAUAUUCAUAAAUUAUCAAUCAUUUAUUUUUAAAUGUAGAAAUUUUCAAAGAAAAUAAAAGCUAAACUAUUGAUUUUAGCAAACUUACAACUAAACAAAUUGAUAACUUAGAAUAAUUAGCUAAUAAAAUAUCUUAACUUACUCAAUAGUUUGGACAAGCUUACUACAAUAGUACCUCUCCUAUUUUUGUCUAAUAAAUUAAAUCAAAUUAUUUUUCAAAAUAAUUAGGAAAUAAUAAAGAUAUUGAAUAGUUACUUGUAAAUUAUCCAAUUUUUGAAACUAUAAAUUUACCUUAAUUUAAUAUAGAAUUUAUCAAAUCAAAUUAUGAAAGUAGUUAAUAAUUAAUUUUAGAAAAAAAUAAGCUAUUAGGCUAUAUAGUAAAGCAACCCAAAUCAUUAACAGGUUAAAUAUUUACUAGAGAUAAAUUAGAUCCUAACUUAAAUUAUAUUUUUAGAUGUAAAGUCAACUAGAAUUUAAAUUGUAAUUAUUUAUGUUUUGGAAUAAUGAAUAUGUAAGAAAUACAUAAUAAAUUUUUAUUUGGAGAAAAAUGUUGCUUUCGCACGAGUGACAGUGGAUAUGGUUUAGAUAAAAUAUUAAAAGGAAAAAACUUAUAUGAAGUGCGAUAAGAAAUAAAUGAAUUAGAAAUUAGAGUUAAUAUUUCUAAGAGAGUUGUAUUAUUUAUGGACUAUCCAAAAUAUUAAAAUAUAAACAAAGUUGAUGAGUCUAAAAUAAUAUAAGACAAAAAUUAUAGCUUUGGAAUAUAUUUUUCUACUCCAGGUGAUGAUUAUAAUAUUGAAAUAAAAACAUUAUUAAUUGACGAUAAAUAUUUAGAAAACUUUGAUUAAAAAUGA